UGGUCCUGCCAAUCAAAAGCUAUAUAUGGUCUCCUGGCAACAACAGUAAACAAAGAAAAUGGCGGAAGACAAGGAAAGCGCAGAGGCCAUAGUAUCGGAGGUCCACAAGAAGAUCCGCGCUGCUUUUGAUGUGUUUGACCACGAGUUUAACAAGACAGUGGAUGUCAGGGAGAUAGGCACUAUCAUCCGCUCCCUCGGCUGCUUCCCUAACGAAGGGGAGCUACAUGACGUCAUAGCAGAGAUUGAGGAGGAGGAGCCAACAGGAUACAUCCGCUUUGAGAAGUUCCUCCCCACCAUGACCAAGGUUCUAAUGGAGCGCAAGUUCCGGCCCAUCCCAGAGGACCUAAUGCUCCAGGCCUUUGAGGUUCUAGAUAAGCAGAAAAAGGGACAUUUGGAACUGGAGGAGCUCACAAAGUACAUGACACAGGAAGGAGAGCCCUUCACCCAGGAAGAGAUGGAGGAGAUGUUGUCAGCUGCAAUGGACCCUGACAAGAACCUCAUCUUCUACAAAGACUUUGUUAGCAUGAUGACCGUGGAUGACCCCAGAUAGACUCUCAAUCACACGCACACACACACUCACACUCACACACUCACAAACACAUACACAUUCUGGGAGUAAUGACAAAUGUAACGUUGUCUUGUGUAAUUGUUAUAUUAUUAUAGUCUAAUACAGAAUAUAAUGUGGUAUUGUAAAUGUUUGCAGUGUCAUAAACAUUUUUGGGCUUAUCGCCCACUGUUGUGCUAGAGGCCUGGCCAACUCCAGUCUUCAGGGGCCUAAUUGGUGUCACACUUUUGCCCCAGCCCCAGCUGACACACCUGACUCCAAUAACCGACUAAUCAUGAACUUCAGAUAAAAAUGCAAUUAGUUUAAAUCAGGUGUGUUUGCUAGGGAUGGGGAGAAGUGUGACACCAAUCAGGCCCCAGAAGACUGGAAUUACCCAGGCCUGUAACUAGACCUGCGUGGCCAGGCCUGUAACUAGACCUGCAUGGCCAGGCCUGUAACUAGACCUGCAUGGCCAGGCCUGUAACUAGACCUGCAUGGCCAGGCCUGUAACUAGACCUGCAUGGCCAGGCCUGUAACUAGACCUGCAUGGCCAGGCCUGUAACUAGACCAUGCAUGGGUUUAUUGCCAAAUAUUCUCCCUCUGUUGUGCUAGGCCAUGCAGUGAAACCAGAUGGCGCUGUGUAUCCAUAAACAACAUGCAACACCACGCUGUAUAAAUCACUGCAGCAAUAUGCUUUCAUUCACGACACCAUCACCACCACACCACCUUAUGUGCAUAAUCAUCGGAAUGUGAAGCACAGAUUAAUUGAUUGAGGAUAUUCAUGAAAAGAACACAAAUUAAAUUGUUGUGUUCGGAGUAAAACCUCUCCAAGGAGUGAUUCAAUAGCUUAUUGCAUAGACAAACCUUGAUUCUGUGGUGGUGGUGAUGAUGAUCCAAUUUUAUUUGUCACACUCGCUGAAUACAACAGGUGUCGAGGUAACUGUGAAAUGCUUACUUUAAGAGCCCUUUCUCAACAAUGCCAAGUUAAAAAGUAUGAAAAGAUGAGCAAAAGAAUAUAGAUAUAUACAGUACCAGUCUCUAGUUUGGACACACCUACUCAUUCAAUGUUUUUCUUUAUUUUUACUAUUUGGCGCAGCGGUCUAAGGCACUGCAUCUCAGUGUUAGAGGCAUCACUACAGACACCCUGGUUCGAAUCCAGGCUGUAUCACAACUGGCCGUGAUUGGGAGUCCCAUAGGGCGGCCCACAAUUGGCCCAGCGCCGUCCGGGUUUGGCCAGUGUAGGCCGUCAUUGUAAAUAAGAAUUUGUUAUUAACUGACUUGCCUAGUUAAAUACAAGUUAAAUAUAUAUAUUUUUGAAACUAUGAAAUAAGUAACCAAAAAAGUGUUUAACAAAUCAAAAUAUAUUUUCUAUUUUAGAUUCUUCAAAGUAGCCACCCUGUGCCUUGAUGACAGCUUGGCACGCUCUUGGCAUUCUCUCAACCAGCUUCACCUAGAAUGCUUUUCCAACAGUAUUAAAGGAGUU